AUGGAGAACAACUGGGCGUCUCUCAUACAGACACUAGCAGGCCACUCUAGUCCGAUCACUACUCUGCGCUUUUCACCAGAUGGCAAGCAGAUCAUGUCGAUCUCCCGUGAUAAAACUAUCAAGCUCUGGGACAGCACAACGGGUGACCUUCAGAACUCACUAGAAGGCAAAUCGAGUCUGUUCAUUUCUUCGGCCACGCCCACGGCCUUCUCACCAAACGGCAAGCAGGCUGCAUUAGGAUCUGAUGAUGAAACCAUUAAGCUUUGGAAUACCGCAACUGGUGACCUUCAGAGCACACUAAAAGGUCACUCUAAACGAGUUACCACGCUGGCCUUUUCACCAGAUGGCAAGCAAAUUGCAUCAGGCUCUAAUGAUGAAACCAUUAAGCUCUGGGACAGUAUAACAGGCGGCCUUCUGAAUUCACUGGAACUCCAAUCGGGAAUGUACUAUCCUUCGGUCGCUCUUACGGCUUUUUCGCCAGAUAGCAAGCGUCUGGCGACUAGCUAUAAUGACGACAGAAUUCAGCUUUGGGAUACCGCAACAGGUGAACUUCAGAACACAUUAGAAGGCCACUUUGAACAGAUCACCACCCUGGCCUUUUCCCCAGACGGCAAGCAGAUCGCGUCGGGAUCUGAUGAUACAACUAUCAAGCUUUGGGACACCACAACUGGCGACCUUCAGAAGACACUAAAAGGCCACUCAGCAUGCGUUAACAUUGUGGUCUUUUCACCAGACGGUAAGCAGAUCGCGUCGGGAUCUGAUGAUACAACUAUCAAGCUUUGGGACACCGCAACUGGCGACCUUCAGAAGACACUAAAAGGCCACUCAGCAUGCGUUAACAUUGUGGUCUUUUCACCAGACGGCAAGCAGAUCGCGUCGGGAUCUGAUGAUACAACUAUCAAGCUUUGGGACACCACAACUGGCGACCUUCAGACAACACUAGAAGGGCGCUCAGAUUGGGCUGAAAUUGUGGGCUUUUCACCAGACGGCAGGCAUAUCACCUCGGGCUCUGUUGCUGAAACCACUAAGCCUUGUGAUACUGCAACUGGUGAUCUUCAGAAGACACUAGAAGGCCAUUCAGAAUACGUUAACAUUGUGGUCUUUUCACCAGACGGCAAGCAGAUCGCGUCGGGAUCUGAUGAUACAACUAUCAAGCUUUGGGACACCGCAACUGGCGACCUUCAAAAGACACUAAAAGGCCACUCAGCAUGCGUUAAUAUUGUGGUCUUUUCACCAGACGGUAAGCAGAUCGCGUCGGGAUCUGAUGAUACAACUAUCAAGCUUUGGGACACCGCAACUGGCGACCUUCAGAAGACACUAAAAGGCCACUCAGCAUGCGUUAACAUUGUGGUCUUUUCACCAGACGGCAAGCAGAUCGCGUCGGGAUCUGAUGAUACAACUAUCAAGCUUUGGGACACCACAACUGGCGACCUUCAGACAACACUAGAAGGGCGCUCAGAUUGGGCUGAAAUUGUGGGCUUUUCACCAGACGGCAGGCAUAUCACCUCGGGCUCUGUUGCUGAAACCACUAAGCCUUGUGAUACUGCAACUGGUGAUCUUCAGAAGACACUAGAAGGCCAUUCAGAAUACGUUAACAUUGUGGUCUUUUCACCAGACGGCAAGCAGAUCGCGUCGGGAUCUGAUGAUACAACUAUCAAGCUUUGGGACACCGCAACUGGCGACCUUCAAAAGACACUAAAAGGCCACUCAGCAUGCGUUAAUAUUGUGGUCUUUUCACCAGACGGUAAGCAGAUCGCGUCGGGAUCUGAUGAUACAACUAUCAAGCUUUGGGAUACCGCAACUGGCGACCUUCAGAAAACACUAGAAGGCCAUACGAACCGCAUUCAAAUCGUGGCCUUUUCACCAGACAGUAGGCAGAUCGCCUCGGGCUUUGGUGAUGAAACUAUCAAAAUUUGGGAUACCGAAACGUGGGAACUUCAUAAGGCACUAGAAUGCUGUUCCGACCUCGUCAACACUAUAACCUUUUCACCAGACGGCAAGCAGCUCGCAUCGGGCUCACAUGAUGGAGUCAUCAGGAUCUGGAAUACCACAACGGGCGACCAGAUAACAGUAACUUUCCAUGGGGAUUCCCUGAAGUCUGUUUCCAUAAAUUCUGUGGCCUUUUCUCCAGACGGCAAGCAAAUGGCCUCUGGCAAUGGUGAUGAAAGCAUCAGGGUUUGGGAUACCGCGACGAAUGGUCAUGUGGAGUCACUAGAAGCCAAAUGGAGUCGGGUCAACAUUACAGACCUUCCGUCAGAUAACAAGCACAACGUAUCGACGGGUUACCCUUGGUAUUGGGAGAAAGAACGAUGCCGCUCGGACUGGAUCAAUACUGUAGCCUUUUCACCAGACGGCAAGCAGAUCAUAUCCAGCUCUUGUGACGGAUCAAUUAAGCUUUGGGACAUUGCCAAAUCUUUCAAUCUCCCAAAGCCUUUCGAGAAUAACCCUUUUCGGCGAUUCAAAAAAGGUAGGAAGCCGAAGCCUGUUCACGACGUAAAUCUCUCAGCAGGGGACGGGUAUAUUGUAAUAGACAGUAAGCCUGCCACGCUUGAAAGCAUUACUCCAGACCAAAAGGACUACAGUCAACACAUUUUACAGCGUCUCUUCGUCAGACGCCAGUGGAUAUGCUAUGGAGAGGUGUCACUCUUACGGAUACCGUCGGAUUUUCAAGCAUCAUCCUUUGGUGUGCGAAACGAUCACGUCGCUAUUGGAUUCCAAACAGGUCAAGUUCUAAGCUUUUACAUUGAUCGGCAGAUACUGCAGUCAAUAAUAGCAUAA